AUGAGCAACGAGGAGCUUGGCAGCGGCAUUGGCGGGGCCUGGGAUUGGGAAUCCAAAGUGCGGAAAUCUCAAACGACAACAAAUAAGAAAAGAUCAAAGUCAAACGGCCUGUUGUUCUCCGUCGGAACGACGACAAUGUCGGCGGUGGCUCCGGCAUCGGACGAAGACCCGGGCGAGAGGGUGAUGUCGAACAACACCGGGGACUUCUACACCGGCGAGUGGUCCGAUAGCUUCCCCCACGGUCACGGAAAGUACCUCUGGACAGACGGGUGUAUGUACGUUGGUGAAUGGCACAAAGGGAAGACCUUGGGAAAAGGCAAGUUCAGCUGGCCUUCUGGCGCCACCUACGAAGGCCAAUUCAAGAACACUUUCAUGGAUGGAAAGGGGACUUACACGGGCUCCUCUGGGGACACCUACAGAGGAUACUGGCUCAGGAACUUCAAGCAUGGACAUGGGACACAGAGCUACUCCAAUGGCGAUUACUACGAGGGCGAGUGGAGGAGAGGCUUGCAGGACGGUCAUGGGAGAUACCAAUGGAAGAACGGGGCCCACUACGUCGGACAGUGGCGGAACGGUUUGAUGCAUGGGAAUGGGAGCAUGAUAUUGGCCAACGGCAAUAGGCAUGAUGGCUCCUGGGAGGAAGGUUUGCCUAGUGGAGAAGAAGGCGAGAGGGAAGCUCUUUCCGCGGAUUUCGGUCAUUGCAAGGUGUGCUUAUGCGAGAGGAUUCCGGUUUUUCCGUCGCAGAAGUUGGUGAAUUGGUCCGUGGGUGAGGCCGGCACGAGGCCUCGGAGGAUGUCGGUCGACGGCAGGAGGGUGGGUAAUUUCAGCAAGGAGUCCGUUGAUGGAAGACAUAAGUUGUUCAGCAGCACGCGGCCAGUGAGUAGACAGGGGAUAACAAUUUCCAAAGGGCAUAAGAAUUAUGAGCUCAUGCUCAAUCUUCAGCUGGGAAUCAGACAUUCGGUUGGUCGGCCUGCUCCGACAACGUCCCUCGAUCUCAGGUCUUCGGCAUUUGAUCCAAAAGAAAAAGUAUGGACAAAAUUUCCACCUGAAGGAUCCAAGUACACUCCACCACACUCCUCAUGUGACUUCAGAUGGAAGGAUUAUUGCCCUGUGGUCUUCAGGGCUCUUCGGAAACUUUUCAAGGUGGAUCCAGCCGAUUACAUGAUUUCGAUCUGCGGGAAUGAUGCCCUCAGGGAGCUCUCUUCUCCUGGAAAAAGUGGAAGCUUCUUUUAUCUGACUAAUGAUGAUCGUUACAUGAUAAAAACUAUGAAGAAAGCAGAAGUAAAAGUACUCCUAAGGAUGCUCCCUGCCUACUAUAAACACGUCCGCGCCUUUGAGAACACUCUGGUCACCAAAUUUUAUGGCCUUCAUUGUGUAAAACUAACCGGGGCUACUCAGAAGAAGGUCCGUUUCGUUAUAAUGGGGAAUCUCUUUUGCUCCGAGUACACAAUUCAUAGACGCUUUGAUUUAAAAGGUUCUUCCCAUGGUCGCUUAACUGGUAAACCCGAGUCAGAAAUUGAUGCAACAACAACUCUUAAAGAUCUUGAUCUCAAUUAUCUAUUCCGAUUGCAGAAGGUUUGGUUUCGAGACUUCUGUAGGCAAGUGGACAGGGAUUGUGACUUUCUUGAGCAGGAAAGGAUUAUGGACUACAGUCUAUUGGUUGGUCUUCACUUUCGAGAAUCGUCAUGUCAGGAACCUGUUAUGAGUCAAGAAGGUGAUCCUAUUGGAAACGACCCUGACGAUCAACCAGGGCCUCGUCUUUCCAGAGCAGAUAUGGAUAAGCUUCUUGUAGACCCUUCUCGGUUGGCUCCCAUUAGGUUAGGUAUUAGAAUGCCGGCACGAGCUGAAAGGACGGUGAGAAGAAGCGAUUACGAGGCUCAGCUAGUCGGAGAGCCAACGGGAGAAUUGUAUGACAUCAUCCUGUUUUUCAGUGUAAUAGACAUACUGCAGGACUAUGAUAUCAGCAAAAAGCUUGAGCAUGCUUACAAGUCCUUCCAAUAUGACGCAACUUCAAUCUCCGCCGUUGAUCCAAAACAAUACUCGAAACGUUUUCGCGAUUUCAUCUUCAGAAUUUUUGUAGAAGACACAUGAAGGUUUCAUUAUC